UUAUACUCAAUUCUCAGAUUUUAUGAAACAAGCCAUGAUCGAUGUGGAAACGUUAAACGAAGAGUUCAGAACCGUGACCGAGGUAAUUGGAAGGGUAGCUGUUCACUUCGGCGAGGACGCGAAAAAAUUUAAAAUCGAAGAGUGUUAUGCACUGUUGGGAAAUUUCUUCGAGCGAAUCGACGUAGUCGCCAAGGAAAACAUCGACCGCCGUUUGCAAGAGGAAAAGAACCAAAUGCUCGCUACGAAAUUGGAAAAAGAAAAAGUCAACCCAAGUAUUAAGGUACAAGCUAGGAGAUCUAUGGUGCCCAAAGAUGAGGAGGUGUGCAUUGUGGAUUUAGUGCUGCAAGAUAUCAAAAGAGGCUCGUUCAAUUUAAAAAGAGUCAAAUGUUUAGAAGACGAAAAGUACAUUUAAACGAUAUGUACAACUGCAACAACGGUGCACUACGAAUGGUUCAUGCGUUCAAUGCGUCCACCUGUUUUACUAUUGUGUAGUGAAAUUAUUUAUUUAUAUUCCGUAUCAAGUCUAUACUAUUCCAGAAAUUAAAAUAUUGUAGAUAUUAAACUAGAAGACUUGUUAUAAAAAAUAAAUUGAGAAAUUGUCC